AGUUGCAUUUAACUUGGUGUCCUUUCCGAUAAUUUGCCAGCUAGUGAUAUUAAUUAGUGCAGUGUACCCGCGUGUGUGUGAGUGUGUGUGUGCAGUGUGAGCCUCUUACGGGUAAGUUAAGAGCGGCUCUCGGGUGCACGUCAUCAUCAAGCCAGUGCAAAAGAAAUCACUCAAAUAACAACAAAAAAAUAAAAUAGGAAGAAUAAAACGAGAUAACAACAUUGCUGAAUUUCGCAUCACCUGUUUAAAUAACACGAAAUUGCCAUCGGAAAUUGCCAUUUGGUGUUGUUGCUUUUGCGUAUCGGAAUCGGGGAAAAAGUGUCCACAUUGCAAUUAUCGAGUAGUGCAACAAGUGCUUGCGAUCUCGCUCACACACACGGCGCGCGCGCCUGCGCAUCCGCCUUUCUUUUAUUCGUUCUUACGUUAUUUACGUUGCUUACGUGUCGCGUCGCAAAAUGUACGUCUCUGCUUACGUAUUUGCUGUUGCAUUUAUGUGCCUUACUGCAGCCACUCCCACUCCCAGUCCCACUUCCACACCCAUAUCCACAUCCCGCCCCGCUACCGCCCACGUCGAAGUUGUCGCUGAAGCGGAGAGCUUUCUGGAUAAUGCACAUUAUCAGAAUAAUGAGGAGAUCGGCGAACUCUUCCAGAGUCUUGCCAGGGAUUAUCCGACGCUCGCCCAAACCUAUACCAUAGGCCGCACCAUACAGGGUCGUCCGCUGCACGCCCUCGCUCUAAAUGCGCCCACGGCCACGCCAACGCCCACAAGCGAUGGCAGUCAUGGCAUCAGCGGGAACGAUGGUGAUCUCCUGCGUCCCAUGGUCAAAUUGGUGGCUAACAUACAAGGCGACGAGACGUUGGGCCGACAAAUAGUACUCUAUAUGGCUGAGUAUUUGGCCAGCAGCUAUGAGGCGAAUCCGGAGGUGCAGAAACUGUUAAAUACAACGGAAAUACAUUUUUUGCCCAGCUGCAAUCCGGAUGGAUUUGCCGCCGCAAAGGAGGGCAACUGCGAAUCGCUGCCACAUUAUGUGGGACGCGGCAAUGCGGCUGGCAUCGACCUAAAUCGCGACUUUCCGGACCGCCUCGAGCAGCAGCAUGUGAAUCAGCUGCGCGCGCAGUCGCGUCAACCGGAAACGGCAGCCCUCGCCGAAUGGAUUGUGAGUAAGCCGUUUGUGCUCUCGGCCAAUUUUCAUGGCGGCGCCGUCGUUGCCAGCUAUCCCUAUGAUAAUUCAGUAUCCCACAACGAUUGCUGCGAGGAGAGUCUUACGCCGGACGAUCUCGUCUUCAAGCAGCUGGCACACACAUAUUCCGACAAUCAUCCGAUAAUGCGACGUGGCAACAAUUGCAAUGACACCUUCGCUGGCGGCAUUACCAACGGGGCCAACUGGUAUGAGCUGUCGGGUGGCAUGCAAGAUUUUAAUUAUGCAUUCAGCAAUUGCUUCGAGCUGACCAUCGAAUUGUCCUGCUGCAAAUAUCCGCCAGCGAGCAGCUUGCCAGACGAAUGGGCGCGCAAUAAGCGGCCGCUGAUGCAGUUGCUCAAGCAGGCGCACAUUGGCAUCAAGGGUCUGGUGCAGGAUGCCAGCGGCUAUCCGAUACCGGAUGCAACCAUCAUUGUCUCCGGACUGGAGGAUAAGCCCAUACGCACCUCAAAGCGUGGCGAGUACUGGCGCCUGCUCACGCCCGGCAUUUACAGCGUUACUGCGGCGGCCUUUGGUUACCAAUCGAACGCCCCGCUGGAGUUGCAUGUAACCAAUGAGAAUGCGGAGGCGAUGCGAGUCGACUUCAAACUAUCGCCCGUCGAAAGCAAUUUUGAUGGCAACUUUCGCAAACAGAAAGUGGAGCGCGCUGAGCCGCCCGAGAAGCUAAAGGAGGAUUACGAUGGCUUUUUAACACCCACCAAAUUCGAGCAUCACAAUUAUGCCGCAAUGGAGAGUUAUCUGAGGAAUAUGCGUGCCAGUUACCCGACAUUGACAAACCUCUACAGCAUUGGGAAGAGCGUGGAGGGCAGGGAUUUGUGGGUGCUGGAGAUAUCGACCACACCAGGUGCACAUGUGCCGGGUGUGCCGGAGUUCAAGUAUGUGGCCAAUAUGCAUGGCAAUGAGGUCGUUGGCAAGGAGAUGCUGCUCCUGCUCACCAAAUAUAUGCUGGAGCGUUAUGGCAACGAUGAGCGCAUCACACGGCUGGUAAAUGGUACUCGGAUCCAUAUGCUCUACAGCAUGAAUCCGGAUGGUUAUGAGGUAUCCCGGGAGGGUGAUCGGACCAGUGGUCUGGGUCGCCCCAAUGCCCAUCUGGUUGAUUUGAAUCGAAAUUUUCCGGAUCAAUAUGGCACGGAUAAGUUCAAUAAGGUUACCGAACCGGAGGUGGCUGCCGUCAUGAACUGGACGCUCUCAUUGCCAUUUGUGCUAUCGGCGAAUCUGCACGGCGGCUCCCUGGUGGCCAAUUAUCCAUUCGAUGACAACGAGAAUGACUUUAAUGAUCCGUAUUCGCGUCUGCGAGAUGCCAGCAUCAGUGGACGCAAACUGAAUCCCACCGAGGACAAUGAACUGUUCCGCCAUUUGGCACUGACCUAUUCACGCGCCCAUCCCACUAUGCAUCAGGGCAAGCCGUGUCCCCUAUUCCAGAACGAGCAUUUCGUCGAUGGCAUUACGAAUGGCGCCCAGUGGUAUAGUGUGACGGGUGGCAUGCAGGAUUGGAAUUAUGUACGUGCCGGCUGCAUGGAGCUGACCAUUGAAAUGGGCUGCGACAAGUAUCCAAUGGCCAAGGAGCUGCCUGACUAUUGGCGUGACAAUCGCGAGCCAAUGCUGCAGCUCAUCGAGCAGGUGCAUCAUGGCAUCUAUGGCUUCGUUCGCAGCUCGAUUGGCACACCGAUAGCGGGCGCCGCUAUCGGAUUGGAUGGCGGCAAUCAUACAACGUUUAGUGGCACAUUCGGCGACUAUUAUAAACUGGCGCUGCCUGGACGCCACAAUCUUACCGUCUUGGCCGAUGGCUUUGCACCAUUGCGGGUGGAGGUCGAGGUUCCCGAUGCGGAGCCAUUUGGCAAGCGAAACCCAGUCACCCUGAUGCGCGAUGAUCCCCAGCAUUGGGCCUCUGCCAAUGAUUUUCGCAUCAUCGAGAAUGUGGUCAAUACCAGAUAUCACACAAAUGCCGAGGUGCGCCAGCGGUUCGCCGAACUGGAGACUCAGAAUGCCCAAAUCGCCAGUUUUGGUUAUGCGGACAACGAGUUCAGUCAGCACUUCAAUUACCUCAAGCUUACCUCCAAUAUUGGCGAACCGGAGGAGCACAAGUAUAAGCUGCUGGUGAUUAGUUCGAUGUUCGACACAACUGCGCCAUUGGGGCGGGAGAUAAUGUUGAAUCUGGUGCGUCAUCUGAUCGAGGGCCAUAAACUGCAGGAUGUAUCCGUGGUGCAGUUGCUUCGGCGAAGUGUUAUCUACUUUCUGCCGCACAUGGAGAAAUUUAACGAUAUCUUCACCAUGUACAAUGCCAACAACUCGAUCUGUGAUCCGAUGAUGCCGGAUGAGCUGGCCGAGCGCUUACUCAGCCCGGAGACGGAGACCACGAGAGAUUUGUUGCUGCAGUUCCUACAGAACGAACGUUUCGAUUUAAUGCUGACCUUCUCGGCGGGCAGUUCCGAUCUUAGCUACCCACGAGGUGAUUCGAUAUUAGAGAAAUUCGCGCACAGCAUACGGCAAACGGAGUUCAACUAUUCGCCGCUGCAGUGCAGCAGCUCGGCGACUCGGCAGCUGCAUAGCGAGACAACGGAACGACUGACAAACCUGCUCCAUAAAAUGUACAAAAUACCGAUGUAUACGUUGGGAUUGUCGUGCUGCCGCAUGCCAGGGAACGCACACAUUGCCUCCGUGUGGCGCACCAACAUGGAGAAGAUCAAGAAUUUCUUCGGUCUCGUCCAGACGGGCAUCAGUGGACUGGUGCAGAACGACAAGGGUCAGCCAUUGCGUGAGGCAUUCGUUAAGAUGCUGGAACAUUCCUCGGUCUACAAUGUGACGAGGAAUGCGGCACGCUUCCAAUUGAUGCUGCCGAAGGGCCUCUAUGGGUUGGAGGUGAGUGCACCCAACCACGAGUCGCAGAUAAUCAAGACGCACGUCCAGCAUGGCAUCAUCAACGAUCUCGGUGUCAUCAAGCUGCACAGCUUCACACUGAUUAAGGGCGAGGUGACCGAACUGACUGGCAAGGCAUCAAGUGGCAGCGGAAGCACCACCAGCAUUACAGGCAUUGUUCUGGACAAUAGCAAUCAUCCCAUACGCAAUGCCAAAAUCUCUGUCAUUCAGCCGCCGGGUUUGACACACUUGCGCAACUUUACCAACAGCAUGGGAGAAUACCGCUUGGCGGCAGUGCCUUUGGGUGCCAUCACUUUGAAGGUGGAGGCGCCGCGUCAUUUUGAGGCGACACGCGAUCUGCGCCUGCCCCAAGCUGGCCAGCCCACCGAGAACGUUGUGUUCCAUCUCAAGUUCAAUGCGCACGUUUUUGGCCUGCCUCGUUUCAUCUUCAUCAUUGUCGCCAGCGUGCUGAUCAUUGUGGGCGUGGUCAUUUGUGUAUUGUGCGCCCAAUUCUGGUUCUAUCGCCGACAUCGCGGUAAGAUGCCCUACUACAAUUUCUCGCUGCUACCACAGAAGAGCAAGGAGCAGUUCGGUCUGGACGACGAUGCCGGCGACGAUGGCGAAACCGAACUGUUUCGUUCCCCCAUUAAACGUGGAAUGACCAUUCAGCCGUACUUUGAUGAGGAGCAUCUGGAGCGUAUCCUCCACACCGAUGAUGAGGAUGAGGAACAGGAUUUUGAAAUAGAACCAGAACUGGAUGAAGCCGAUGAGAGCGGCGAUGAGAUUGUUAUGUUGCAUCAUCAUAAUCGACACAAGCAGUAGGACUACAACGAUGGCAACAACAACACUCACACACAAAAACACACACACAACAUAACUGUGAUUUAAACGUUUUCAAAAA